AUGGAUGAAGUUACCAGAGAUAUGACAAUGCCGAGCUACGUGACUCCAAACGGGCAUCAGUUCUUCUUCGGUCCUGUCCACAAAGGGCAAUUCUAUCGCGAGCACUACGGCCAAAUCUACUGGAAUCCUUUCUUCGAAAUCUUCUUCUACCGAAAUGAUGAGAAAGGCGAGCAAACAAAUCAGCUGGUCAAAAUGAGGAUCAUUCUCCAGUCGUCUGUCGCCGAUCCUUACAGCAUCAAUGUUAAUGAUAUCGUCGAUUUCGAUCCCAAGGAAUUCACACAGUCCCGUGCUCUUCUCCUUCGCGAUAUUACGGCGGCAGUCAAUGAGCCUCAAUUCGGCGAGGUCGCAAGAAAUGUCAUCCUUGUCUUCCACGAAGACCACUACCAACAUCUUCUGAGCGAGGGACUACCAAAUCAUCAGAUCACUGGAUUAGACGAACAUCUUCCUGAACCCAUGGCAGAAGGACCAACAAAGGCAAUGCUUCGACAGGAGUUUCCGUUCAUCAAAGACCUCGUUCAUACCGUCUGUACUCGACGAAAGGCAUGGAAGCUGUUUGAUCCCCUUUGCGAAGUCGAUGAGUCGUAUGCCUUCUUAAAAUACGAUUUCUCCCGCCGCACAACUCACAAGACGCCCGGAAAAUUCAAGAAAGUGCUCUCUGAAAUCAUCGACAAUCAUUUCACCGUCGACUUCCGUGCCACCAAGCCAACGACAAUGGUCAUCAUCGGUUAA